AUGUUUGACAGAAAGCUGAAUAUGGAUUCUAUAUUUCAUGAGAAACAAGAGGGCUCUCUGUGCGCCCAGCACUGCCUCAACAACCUCCUGCAGGGUGAGUACUUCACUCCUGUGGAUCUGUCCUCCAUCGCUCAUCAGCUUGAUGAAGAGGAGAGGAUGAGGAUGGCAGAGGGAGGUAUGGCCAGUGAGGAGUACAGGACCUUUUUACAGCAACCAUCUGGGAACAUGGACGACAGUGGGUUCUUUUCAAUACAAGUUAUUAGCAAUGCUCUUAGAGUUUGGGGCUUGGAACUAAUCCUCUUCAACAGCCGGGAAUACCAGAGCUUGAUGAUAAAUCCAAUAAAUGAGAAAGCCUUCAUUUGCAACUACAAGGAGCACUGGUUUACUAUACGCAAACUUGGGCAACAGUGGUUUAACCUGAAUUCACUGCUGACUGGACCAGAGUUGAUAUCAGACACCUAUUUAGCCCUUUUUCUUGCACAGUUACAACAAGAAGGUUAUUCCAUAUUUGUGAUCCGAGGAAACCUCCCUGAGUGUGAAGCAGAGCACAUCCUUCGGAUCAUGAGAGUGCAGCAGCAGCAGCGACCCAGGCUCAUUGGAGAAGAUGAGGCCCAGACAAGUGCAGGCAGGUCAGCAGCUCUGGGCCAGACAGAGAUGGGCUUUGGUGUGGAGGAUGAAGUUGUAGAUGAAGAUGAAGAACUGAAGAGAGCCUUGGCACUCAGUAGACAGGAUAUAGAUGUGGAAGAUGAAGAGGCUGAUCUUCGCAGGGCCAUACAGCUCAGCAUGCAAGGAGCAGUGAUGAGCAACAAGUCUUCAGAGGCUGAAGUGGGAAAUGUGAAAUCAGGCAGCCAGGCAGCAGGGAGUGCUCCAGGAGGACAAAGAGAAAGCCAAAAUGAAACGCUCACAGCCGAGGAACUGAGGAAGAGGAGACAAGCCUACUUUAAUCGGCAGCAGCAACAAGCACAACCGAACAUUCCUCAACAACCAGACACAAAAUCAACAGGUGGCUCAGGAUCAGUAAACACUAAGGAGGACCAACAACAAAAACCCAGCCAGUGAAUUUGUGAAAGGUUUACCUAUGUUGUUUACCUACUGCCUGGAUUGGCAACCCCAUACAGUGGUAGCUUUGCUCCCUCCUCUAACCUUUUGCACAUGCGAACAUAAGGACAGUCAGAAGGCUGACACCUUUCCCCUGGUUAGUUCGCUGACAGGCUACAGAGAAGAGAACAAUGACAAAGAAAAGGCAGCAGUUAGUCUAAUCUAACUCAGUAGGGCACUGAGGCUGGGAAAAGGGUGACCACAGAACUCAUGAUGCAGUUAAUCCAAGUUUGCAAUUGCCUUUGUACCAUGGCGCCUUCUAUUUCUAAUAUAUACUGUUUUUUUUAUUCUUGUAUUUUCUCUGGAAGAGAUGGAAAGGAAUCUUCAGCAUACAAAGGGUGUGUUUAUUUGCUUGAGGUGAAUGCAUAAAGAGAUGGCUAUUCUGUGUAAGCCAUAGGAGACCAACGUUUAGACCGCAGAUAAAGGCCUGACAGAUAAUGACAGAGCCUCGUAUUGGACUUGGGUUUGUAGGACAUACCCCAGUGCCCACCCCACCAGAACACCAGUGUGGUUUUGAAAUCAUUUGUUUUUGCAAUGUACUGAAACAUCUUUUGGCCAGCAGUACUAACAUGUAUGGGUCAUUUAUUCCUGACAUCAAUCAUUUUACCUGUGAAUAUCUACAAGUGAACUCCCAAGGUAUUUAGACACCAAUGUAUUUUUGAUGUUUAAGCUUAUAAGCGGGCAUAAUGAAAUUUAAGACUACAAAGCUUACAAACACAACAUAAGGGUGUUUUGUCCAUCUUGGAUGGAACAAAUUCAUUAUACAGAGCUAUUUGUUGAAUCUAAGAUACUUUUGACUGACAUAUAUUUUUCAUAUCAUGUCCAUAAUAAGUUGACAUGCAAUGAGGAAAAAAGAUGAAAUCUGUGAACAUUAUGAAACUGCAGCUGAUAGAUAAAUACAUUGUUUAUUUAUCCAGCACAGUAUGAUCACUUAAAACCAAAAAGACUCUGACAUGUCCAAACAGCCUACCUAGUACACCACUUCCUAUGUUGUUUUUCUUCAUCAGUAUUUGUCAUCAUCUGUAUAGGGAAUUUAUUAUAAAGAAAAGAUUGUUAAAAUGAUAAUUCCCAUUAACAUCACAGUCUACAGGUACAGUCCCUGACAUCCUUGUUUAAUUUCACUGAUUUGACUUAUCCUGUAUUCCAAUAAGACUUAGAGCAGUGUUGUACACAUUAGUUGAGUUAAAUCAUGGGUUAAAGCUAUGGAUGCCAAUGGCUAAUUGAUGACCUUCGGAAAUAAGAGUAAAAUGGUAAGAAUGGGGGUGGGGGUCUGUUAUUUAACCUGACAAUUUGUAUAAUAUAAAAUCCAAAGAACGAAACAAAAUAUCAAAAAUGUGUCACCAUGCAUACACUUCGAAGAAUUCAUUGUACUCUUUUUGCAUUCAAUUCUGACCAUGACUUGUUAAAAAUCUCUGGCAUUUUCAAUCUACAAGCUUCCAUCCAGUCCUGUAAAAGAAAAUCUGGUUACAACGCACAAUGUUGAAGAUAAACCACAUUACAGCAUUUAAAAAUGUACAUUUGUUUACAGUUGUAAUGUCUUCUGGAACCAUACAGCAUUGAUAUAUCUUAAUGUCUCCACAAAAGUAUUGGAUGUCAUGUAAAGACUUUUUGUGCUAGAUGACUUCCAGGAAGAUUCCAUGAUUUCAUUAUUGUUUUUGUUUCCUUUUGAUUUGUUAGGCUUUUUGUUCUAUUUAAAAUGCACUUGUGAAAGAUUAUAAAAUGUUGGUAGCUGGGUUUUUUAUCAUUACAUUAUUUUCACUCACUGCAUUCUUAAAAUAAAUACUAAUUCAUCAUUUUUGUUACACUUCAUGUUACCACAGCACGUUCUCUCAUUUAAUGUAUUAGUUCUUGUUCCAGGAUUAAAGUGAUAUU